UCGUAACUCGAAGCUGUCUCUCUCUCUCUCUCUCACACAUUUGAUCACGGACGUUUUCCUUUGUAUAAUCAAACCUAAUGGCAUCAGUAGUGAAAGAGGACCACUUUGAGGAGUCACAUAAGUAUAUGGGUUUUGCACUGCACCAGGCUAAGCUUGCGUUGGAGGCUCUUGAAGUUCCCGUGGGAUGUGUCAUUACUGAGGACGGUGAGGUUAUUGCUUCAGGAAGAAACACAACAAACGAUACACGCAAUGCCACAAGACAUGCAGAAAUGGAAGCAAUUGAUGAACUUGUUGGACAAUGGAAUAAAGAUGGACUCUCGCCUUCGCAAGUCGCUGAGAGAUUCUCCAACUGCCUUCUUUACGUAACAUGUGAACCUUGCAUAAUGUGUGCAUCCGCCUUGUCGUUUCUCGGUAUAAAGGAAGUGUAUUAUGGAUGUGCAAAUGAUAAGUUCGGAGGGUGUGGUUCCAUAUUGUCGCUUCACUUAGGGAGUUCUGAUAUCAUUGAGAGAAGUCAAAGAGGAAAAGGGUACAAGUGCACAGGAGGAAUAAUGGGAGACGAAGCUGUUUCUCUUUUCAAAUGUUUCUAUGAACAAGGCAAUCCUAACGCUCCAAAGCCACACCGCCCUGUAGUUCAAAGAGAGAUAAGACGGGGGUGAACAGGUUGUAAAGAUAUCGGGAAAUAAUAGUGGACCUACUAAAUAACUUGUCAAACCAUGAUCAUGGGGCUGAGGGUUUAGACUCUUUGCUUUGGCUGUGUUACCUGGAAGAAGGAACGGAUAAAACCAAUUAGAGGCAAUGCACAGAUAAAGGCGACUUCUAUAUUCUUAUCAUAGGCAUAUCUAUUUCCCUUCCCCUUUAGAGUCUAAAAGCUUAUUGAUUUUAAACCCCAUGAUGCUCUUUUGUAUUUGAGAAGUAGAAAGAUCCAUAAUCACACCUGAACCAAGGAUAGAUGAGGAGCAAGCAGAUUUAAUGAAAUGGGUUCCCUGGAGUU